AUGGCUAACAUAUUAUCAUCUUGUAGUGCAACAGAGGCCGUUACCGGAAAUGAAUGCGUUCUUGCGAGCAAGGAGAAUAAGGAGAUCAUAACUUUGGUUUGGUUCGAUCCAAAUAUUGGUUCUCGCGAUGAUACAAAACUAGCAAUGAAACGAUUACGUGAAAUUAAUGAUUAUGUUUUAUUUUACACUGAUGUUGAAUCAUGCAUCGUAUAUAUUAAUGCCGUUGAAAAGGAAAAAAUCUUCCUGGUUACAUCAGGUUCCCGUUCUUCGGAAAUUCUACCACGUACACAUACGUUAGAACAAGUCGAUAGCAUUUUCAUUUUUUGCAAGAAAAAGAACAGAUAUCAACAUCUAAUAGACGAAUAUCGGAAGUUAGUUGAUAUCUAUGUUAGUAUUGAAAGUUUAUGUGAAUCAAUUCGAGAACAAGCCGAACUUGUCUACAAACAAAUCCAGACAUUCAGUUUUUUCAAUCAACAUCAAAGUUCAACGAGAGAAUUAAUCAAACAAUCUUCAGAAUUUAUCUGGUUCCAACUCUUCACCUAUAUUAUUCUACGUCUCCCCCGCAAUGAACAAGCAAAAAAACAGAUGCUCGAUAUCUGUCGUCAUUAUUAUCGAGAUAAUGAAAGACAAUGGAAACUAAUUGAUGAUUUUGAGCGAACGUAUUGUUCUCAAGAAGCUAUUCAUUGGUAUACAAAACAAUCUUUUGUAUACAAACUAGUCAACAAAGCUUUGAGAACGGAAGAUAUUGAUCAGCUUUAUGCAUUUCGAUUUUUUAUCUGCGAUCUCUCAAGAAAUUUAGCUCAGCAACAUAAAAUACUUGUUGAGUCAGGUAUAACAGAAUUGAAUCUCUAUAGAGGAGCACAGUUAUCAAUUGAAGAGCUCAAUAGACUUAAAAUAAAUCAAGGAAAACCGAUUUCGACCAACGGUUAUUUGUCAACAAGUCGCCUUCGAGAAAAAGCACUUGAAUUCGCAAAAAAGCCAACCAGUCGAACUAAUGCUAUACCUGUUCUUUUUCAAGUCCAAUGUAAUGUGCAACAAUUAGGAGAUUCAAUCAUCUUAGCGGAUGUGGCUAACUUUAGUCCGUACCCCAAUGAACAAGAAGUUCUGUUCGAUUUGAAUGCCACUUUUCAAAUCGAAAUGAUUGAACACACUGGAGAAAUAUGGCUCGUCAAUAUGGUUGCGUCUGCGGAUGGUAAAGCAAUUACACAUGACUACAUUGAAAUUGCACGUCGCGACAAUGAAGAAAAAACGGUUUCCAUAAUGUUUGGAAGAUUAAUGUGUGAUAUGGGUGAAUAUGAUAAAUCUCGAAAAUACUUUGAAAAUUUAUUGGCAUCUAGCGCUGAAAACGACGAUCGUGCUUCCAUUGAAUUUAACAUCGGUCGAGCUUAUUAUAAUAAAGGCGAAUGGAUAAUUGCGCGAGAAUACUAUGAUCGUGCUUAUGAUCGGAUGAUGGGUGUCGAUCCACCACAAACUAAGGAAUCUGCAUCGGUAUUGAACAGCAUCGGUAUUGAUUUACAGAGACAGCAACAGUUCGACGAAGCUCGUGACUAUUAUGAGCGCGCACUGACAAUAAGGCAAAAGUACUAUCCUGAAGAUCACCCAGACAUUGCUCAAAGCCUUCAUAGCAUCGGUAAUGUUCUCGACGAUCAAGACAAAUAUAUUGAAGCUCUUAAAUUUUAUCGACAAGCACUUCAAAUACGAGAAAGGCACUAUCCUGCCUGUCAUCCUUAUAUAGCAUGUAGUCUGAACAACAUCGCGUUAGUCUUGAAGAAGCAAGCAAAAUACGAUAAUGCUUUACAAUUUUAUCAGAGAGCACUCGUCAUUUACGAGAGAUACUAUCCAACUGACCAUCCUGAUAUUGCAACUGCCCUUAAUAAUAUUGCCAGUAUUUACAUAAUAGAACGAAAGUACAACAGUGCCUUUGAGUUCUGUCAAAGAGCUCUCAAGAUUUACGAGCAAUUUUAUUCGUCUGAUCAUCCAGACAUAGUAGCCAACCGCAACACUAUUGAAUCUCUUACUAGAAUAUUAAAAAAUCGCCAUUAA